CAUUCGCGAGCUAGAAUCCUUGGGAUGCGCUGUGCAAACAGUUUCGGGCCGGUAUCGAAAGGGCGUUUGGGGUUAUUAGCAUGCCUGUUGCUGGCAUUUUGCAAGCAUCAAUGGCGCUCGGAGACGUUCUACUAAAAGCCAUGAUGUUCUCACUUUGGCAAAAGGCCGUGAUAUCCAAAGUUCAAGGCACAUAAAAUCUCCAUCACGCGGCCCUGAAGCAGAAAGAACCAUUAGACCUCUUUUUCAUCUUCGGUUCAAUCAGCGCAAUGGGCGGCCAACGUGGCCAGUCAAAUUACGCGGCCGGAAAUACUUUCUUGGAUUCAUUUGUGCGGUAUCAGCAUUUUCUCGGUCUACAUUGCUCGGCCGUGAAAAUCGGCCUCGUGGAAGAUGUGGGAUGGCUAUUGGACCUUCCGGAAAAGUUUGUGAUAUACGGGGCCGCUGCCGUCCGCGCCAUCCAGGAAAAGCAGUUGUUGGACGCGAUACACUCGAUGCUACUCCCCUCGCGGCUGGCAUUUUGCGAGGACAGUCCAAAGAGAUUUGCCAAACCAUAGCCAAAUCGGGCUGCGGAUUCGCUCUACGCUUCCACUAUCAGCAACAAACAAUCGCACAUUCUAGAAAAAAGAUCUCCGAUUCCUAGCAUAUCGUAACUCGGAAGCGACGAAUCAAGACUCAUUUACAACUUCCACGAAUUGGGGAGACGACCUGAAGAGGUUUCUUCGGAAUGCAAGUUCGAACGUGUCC